AUGUGGACGGCAUUCGGACUCUUCGCGCUGGUCUCCUGCGCCGGCGCAGUCACCCGCGACCAGUUCUACCCCUACGGGCCGGCGCUGGACGAGCGGCUUGGCAAGGACGCCUCCGUCGAGAAGACCCUCAGGGUGCCCAUCGUCUUCUACGGCGAGACCUACGAGUCGAUAUACGUAAACAACUACGGUGUGCUGACGUUCAGGGCGGACAUCUCGAGGUUCCUCAACGCAGAGUUCCCCCUGCCGUACCCCUCAAUAGCGGCGUUCUACACCAACGUGGACACGACCACCAGCGGGGCCGUGUACUACAGGGAGACCAAUGAGCCGCACGUGCUGAUAAAAGCCGAGGAGGUCGUCCAAAGCAACUUCCAUGACUACUACGACUUCAAAGUAAACAGCGUGUUCGUCGCCACCUGGCUCGAGGUAACGUCCGGCGAUGGGGCGGAGCGCAGGAACACCUUCCAGAUUGCGGUGAUCAGCAACGGGACCGAGUCCUUCGUCGAGUUCCUGUACCCUGAGCGGGAGAUACAGUGGAUCCAGAGGGAGACGCAGCCCAUGAGCUUGCCCGACGCUAAAGCCCAGGCCGGCUUCGUGGCGGAAGAUGGGCGGCUGUUCUCACUAAGGGGCUCCGGGAGCCAUCAGAUCAGGAAUAUCGUUUCAUGGACUAACAUACACGAGCCGGGGAGAUACGUAUUUAGAGUUGGCAAUAUCCCACCGGGCGGUAACAUAGCCGUCCCGGAUCUCUACAAUCAGACGGAAGAGGAAGUCGAGGAGGAGUCCAUGACUUGCGCCCAGAGCGGCCCCAGUGUUUGCCACACCCAGGCGAGAUGCGUGGAUUACCAGGCCGGCAUAUGUUGCCAAUGCAACGAAGGCUUCUACGGCAACGGGAAGUCGUGCAUAAAGGAUGACGUGCCCCUCAGGGUCCACGGAAAGCUGAACGGCGUUGUGAACAACGUGAACUUGAACGACGUGGACAUCCAGGCGUACGUUGUUGUAGCCGAAGGCAGAUCCUACACGGCUCUCUCCCAAGCGCCACCUUCCCUCGGCAGCAGUUUACUUCAGCUGAGCGUAAUCGGCGGGGUCAUUGGCUGGCUCUUCGCCAAGCCAUCCAGCUCGGCGAAGAAUGGUUAUCAGCUGACGGGCGCUCAGUUCAACCACACGGCGGACAUAUUCUUCCCCGAGAGUGGCGACAGGGUUACAGUGUACCAGGAAUAUGUGGGCCACGAUGUGUUCGACCAAAUUACGCUCGGCGCGGACGUCAGAGGAACAAUACCCGCGGUGCCUGCGGGAACUAAACUGGACAUCUGCGAGUACGAGGAGCACUAUACCCUCGUUGAACUAGGUGUCCUGCGAAGUGAGUCCACGCGCACUUUCAUGAACAAAGUGACUGGUGAGAAAUACGAGCAGAGAGUAUCGCAAACUUUCACUUUUAACUCGUGCAAGUAUAUGCCUACUUCGGAAGAGGAUAUUGUCUCGUCGACUUUAAAAGUGGCUAAAAACUACUUGGGUUACGAGCCGAGAGAAAACAUAGUACGGUAUGGUACCAGCAACAAAAUCGCGCCUCUCGGCAAAGAGGACCCUUGCAUCGAGGGCAAGAACAGUUGCGGUCCCCACAGCACUUGUGUAGUACAAGGGGACACUUUCGCUUGUGUUUGUCAAUCAGGUUUCUCGAGCGUUCGUUCCGAUAAUUCUAACGUCGUGUGCGAAGAUAUAGACGAGUGCUCCAUAGGAACUCACAACUGCGACACAAACGCAGACUGUUACAACCACGACGGCGGCUUUCAAUGCAGAUGUAGGGACGGUUACGAGGGGAACGGUUCAACCUGCAAUCGCAUUUCGCAGUGCAGGGAGAGAAAUUGCGAUCCCAACGCUCAGUGCGUCGACAGACCCGGAGAGGAGGCGAUAUGUUUAUGCAACCCUGGAUAUACAGGCGACGGCCAGAGGUGCUGGCAGACUUACGAGAACAAAUGCGACCGAUGCUCCCCUUACGCGUAUUGUGGUUUCGUAAUAGAAAUCAACAACUACAAGUGCCAAUGUAACGAAGGUUACAGCGGCGACGGCUAUUACUGCACAGAAAAUGCCAGAGAGCAGUCGACGUCGACCGAUUAUCCUCGCGGAUCCAGUUAUGCCACUCCUCCACCUACGUCGAAUGAACAGAAUUAUCCCAGCAAUUCAAAUCAACCUUCAAGUCCGACGUAUCCAUCCAACAACUACCCCUCGGAAAUUUAUCCCUCGCCGCCAACUUACCCCUCACCGCCAAGUUACGCCGGCUACAACCCCACAGUACCAAACUACCCGAGCUACCCUAACGCAUUCUUCACCCCAAAUUCUUCACCUACCACCGCACGUACAGAGACAGAAGAGUACGACAAAACCGAUGCGCCUACCACCAAACCGACCACGCCGGCGACCUAUGAUGCAGAUUAUAACGAAACGUUCGUCUUGCCGAACUGCGACGCCUAUGGAUGCAGGUGCCCACCAGGCUAUUCGGGAUACAAAGACGAAAGAGACAACAGCUUAUGCCGCUUGAGCAGCUACACUCCAGAUUCGAAUAACAAUCCCGACAACGACCCGGGAAUCAGAUGUGAGACGGACUCCGACUGCCCGCCGAACGCGAUCUGCUCGUACCCGGCAACCGAGCCCUUCGACCUGACGGCCCAGUACUACGGGCACUGCGUCUGCCCCGAGGGCUACGAGGGCGACGCGUACGAGUGCAUCGAGAGGACCAGCUCCAGCUGCUCCUGCGGGCCGAACGCUCACUGCGUGGACACGGUGUCCGGCGAGCUGCUGUGCGUAUGCGCCGCGGGCUACCACGGCGACGGCUACCUGUGCCGGCCCAACUUCAGCUGCGUGAACAGCUCCGACUGCGAGUAUCACGCGGAGUGUCGGCCGGACCCCGGCAGCGGGGAGUACGCCUGCCAGUGCAUAGAGGGCUACGUGAAGGACCAGAACGACGCGUGCAUACCGGACGGCCAGCUGUGCAACGGGGCGGUGUGCGCGGAGCACGCCUCCUGCCUUUACGACGACGCCAUCGGAGUGAGCUACUGCCACUGCGACCAGGGCUACGCCGGGGAGGGAAUAUCGCAGUGCGUGCCAAUCGGGAACACGUGCGACAUCACCCGCGACUGCAGCGUCGACGCAGUCUGCACGCCCGUGGGGGAGACCUACCAGUGCAUCUGCAGGGAGGGCUACGUUGGGAACGGCUACACGUGCUCGCCGGAGCGCAGCUGCAGGAACGACCCGUACAUGUGCGACGACCACGCCGCCUGCAUAAAGACCAGUGACGGCUACGAGUGCGAGUGCAACCCGGGCUACAACGGCAACGGGAGCCGCUGCGAGCUGAACCCGAGGCAGGCGGGCAACUUCCUGGUGGCCAGCGACGGCGCUUCCGUCUUUCGAGUGCCCUUCAGGGCCUCGCCCAGGAACUUCGCGACGCCGCUCAACAGCGCCGUGUACCAGAUGGCUGUGGGGGUGGACGUGGACUGCCUGAUCGGCAAAAUCUACUGGGCCGACGUGGCGGGUCACACCAUCAAGAGGGCCAGCUACGACGGUUCGGACAUUGAACAGUUCCUGACCGACGACGUCAAGACACCCGAGGGCCUUUCUGUUGAUUGGGCGGCGAGAAACAUAUUCUGGACGGACUCAAAGAAACUUACCAUCGAAGUAGCUAAUCUUGAUAGGAAGAUAAGAAAAGUACUAUUCGCGGUUGACGGUAUUGUUAAUCCCAGGGGCAUCGCUGUGCAUCCUCAGAGAGGGAAAAUCUUCUGGUCCGAUUGGAACCGGGCCGCGCCGAAGAUCGAGUGGGCGAACAUGGACGGCUCGCAGCGGGGCGUGUUCCUCGACCUGGCCGACGUCAGGCUGCCCAACUCCCUGGCUAUCGACUGGACCAGGGACCGGCUGUGCUACGCCGACGCGGGACUGUACAGCAUUAAGUGCGUGGCCAUAGACACGCUGGAGCGGGAGACGAUCGCCGCCAACUGCUCUCACCCGUUCGGCAUCGCCAUCAACGGCGACAGCUUCUACUGGACCGAUUGGCGCACAUUGAACAUCGAGUACAUAGACACGAGGACACAGGAGAAAGGGCGGCUGCCGAUAGCGGCCGCCACUAGGCGCCUGUACGGGGUGGCGGUUGCGCCCGAACAAUGCCCCGCCCACACAAACGUGUGCCAAUACAGGAACGGGAACUGCGCUUCGCACCAGCUCUGCCUGCCGGACGGAAGGGGCGGCAGGAGCUGUGUGGAGGGAGUCGAAACGAACACCUUC